GACACGAAUCUGACACGGCCAAGCUAACUUCCACCUGCUUAACAUGGCCCAGGUGCUCUCUGUACGCACGAUUUGAUGUGCGCUCUAACCACUGCAUACCCUACCCAGUCAUUCCGACUCCUUUGCCUUUGACAAAAUCAAUUUUCGACCUAUCGUUCGUAUUUGCCACGAUCCAAGUGUUUAAACAUUCUCCUUUCUUUAGUUUGAAACUAUUCUAGCCACGUUUCUUCCUUCCUGCGCAGGUGCUUGCUUCAAGCAAUCUCAAGAUGGGCUCCACAGUCGAUUGGUCUCAGCGUCCGACUUACUCUCCGGAGCAGUUGGACAAAUACUUCGACCGAAUAAAGCUUCCUGCGAAGUAUUGGCAAUCCCCAAUCGUUCAGAACGGCGCAAGUAGUGAUAAUGAGGCCGCUCUAUCCUUUUUGAAGGUGCUCGAGCGAUACCAGGUGGCAGCAGUGCCAUUUGAAAACCUCAACUUGCAUUACUCGGUGCAACGCCAUAUUUCCAUAGAUGCACAAAAGCUUUUCGAGAAGAUUGUCGACAGCAAGUCCGAGCGGGGAGGGUACUGCAUGGAGAACAGUACGCUUUUUGGAACCGUCUUGCGAAGCCUGGGCUACCAGGUUACCUCGGUUGGGGGAAGGGUUAAUGAAGCCGCGCAGCCAAUGUCGGCAUCGAAGAACUGGAGGGGGCCUAAAUACGAUGGAUGGAACCACAUGGUCAACAUCGUUAGUAUCGGAGAACAAAAGUACCUGAUAGAUGUGGGAUUUGGAUCAAAUGGGCCACACCAGCCUGUACCAUUAACUUGGGAUUUUGAGUUUCACAACGUGGGUGACCAGUCAGGACGCCUGCGCUAUGGACCAAUCACCCAACAUACCAACAAGACCGAACAACAACACCUUUGGCAAUAUGAGAUUCGGAAUGGGAACACAGACUGGAUCCCCGCCUAUUGCUUCACAGAGACCGAGUUUAUUCCCGAAGAUUUCACUAUGAUGAAUUACUAUAUGAGCACUAGCCGAGACAGCUGGUUUACUUUUCAUAUAGUGUGUGUUCGCAUGCUCCUGGAUGAAGCAGGUGAAAAUGUUGUGGGCGACCUAACGCUGUUUAACAACUCAUUGAAACGGCGGAUAGGUGCCACAUCGGAGGUGAUGCAAAUAUUCAGCACUGACGAGGAGCGAGUGUCUGCAUUAGACAAAACAUUCAAUAUCCGCAUUGGUCCAGCCGAUAGGGAUAGUAUUCGCCACACGAUUUCAGAGAUCCUCUAGAGUUCCUAGCAUAUUUUUGUAUUCAUAUAAAAUAAAAUUUUCGCAUCCUUUUUCAGCAUGUUUUCUUCUCGGUGCUUCGCUCAAAUGUACAGACAGGGUACCUAUGUCAUUUACGCUAUCUCCAAUCAAUCUAACUCUGCACACAUAUAC